UCCCUCUCGUUCCUUUACGCUACCAAGCCAGCAGGCCGUGCCGCUGCACCGCAGUAAGUGCAGACCUAAUCCGCGUUUAGGUUCUCUCGCAGUCCAAUCCGGCCGUCGUCUCGCACGCGCAGUCUACUGUGUAGGGUCGCCUUUUGAAUUGCUCAGAGAUUGUUUAGGUCGCAGGCUCUUUCGCUAGCCGUUCCUCCGAGCACACACACAGCACGGGGCCCCUUGUAAGCAUCCAACGAUAAGGUCGCAGACUAUCCCCCGCUCCUUCCUACCGCAGUGUCCAUUCGUAGGACUCUUGCGAUCACCGGGCGAUAGGUCGCAGGCUAUUCGCACGCUUUCGAGCACCGAGCGAUAAGUCCGCAGGCUAUCGCCACGCUUGGGAGCAUCGCGAGGGAGUAACAUUUGGAAUAAGGUGGGAAUUCGAAUUCGAGGUACUUCAAAGCAAGCGGGGUAGCCGAUAAGGUCGCAGGCGGGUGGUGCUACUACUGCUAGCCGGGUCGCAGGCGGGCAGGCAUCAGCAUGGCGAGCAUGGACUACUACCGCAAGUCGACGCUCGGCAAGUGCCUCACGGACGCGCUCGACGAGCUCGUGUCCAACGGCACCAUCACGCCCGACCUCGCCGUCCGCGUUAUACUGCAGUUCGAUAAGUCGCUGGUGGAGGCUCUUGAGACCAAAGUCAAGUCCAAGACGAACUUCAAGGGCCACCUGCACACGUACCGCUUCUGCGAGAGCCUGUGGACUUUCAUUCUGACGGAUGCUGUGUUUCAGACGGACGGGGAGGUGCAGAUGGUGGACAAGGUGAAGAUUGUGGCUGCCGACACGAAGCUCAUCUCCAGAUAGCAUCGUAGCAGCCGAGUUAUGUGAGCGGAAUAGACAUGGCUUCAAUAGCUUCCGUGUUUAAAACAGAUGGGGGGGUGUGUUAGAAUACUAUAAUAGAUUAGAAACAAGAGACAAACAAGCAAGAUAUAGGGCUGGGUUGUAUUCUCUAAGAACAUACACCUAUUCUAGCCUACCUUAU